AUGAACUUAUUACUUAUUCUAUAUCUUUCUUACUUAAGUUUGUGUUCAUCAAAGAAGAACGUAGAACUAGAGGAAAUCACAUUAGCAAAUGUACCAGCAUUUGAUAUUAAGAAGGACAACUUUGUUCUAGCUGGUGUAUUCAAUAAAACCUGGGAUGGACCAGUUCAUUACGAUGCAUUAAUUGGCAGUAUGAUUACUUUACCAUGCAUAACAAGUGAUAUAGGUCUUGAAAAUAUCUUAACUGAAAGAAGUAGGGCAAUUGAACAAAAAAAGUCAUGGGCUAUACUAUGGGUUCAUCAAACAUGGACAAAUGUCAUUGAUCCGUGGUUAGGAGAUGGACGACGUAGUUAUGAUCCUUUACAAACCAACCAAUGGCUUCUACCCAAUAUGCACACUUCAAUAUAUCAAUCACACUAUCAAUUGUAG